AUGACCGCCCACGAGGGGCUCGCGUCCUCCUCCGGGUCGGGACGAAGUGAUGCCUCCCAGAGAGGAGGCGGGAGGAGGCAGGUCGGGCGGAGGGAGGAGCGCAGGGCCCGGGAGGAGGGUUUGAGGGGCAGAGGGGAAGGGAAGCGGGCCGCGUGGGAGGGGAGGGGAGGAGGCGCGGCCGGCGCGGGGCUGGGGACCGGGCUUGAGAGGGGCCUGGCGGGAGAGAAGGCUCCCCGGUCGAGGAGCGCCUCCGCGUGCGUGCUUUCUCUCCCCACUUCGCCUUCCCUCUCUCCUCGGUCCCAGCCAGAAGCCCCAGACGCUGCGUCACAACUCCCCGGCUGGCGCGGGCUGGGAGACGACUGCAAAACUUUCCGCAAACUUCACAGCACGGUGGGACCUCGGCUGCGAGGCUGGAUCGGCCGGGGGCGACAUUUGUGUGACCCCGUGUCAGUGUCCCUGGCGCUAAAGGAGAGUAACACUUCUAAAAGCUGGAGAUGCAUCCAGAAACCUGGGGAAUGUCCCAGAAGACCGACAUCAUCACUCCCACCAACUGGACUGCUGGCCGGUAGCAAAGGACUAAAUGGAAAUUUCAUAAAAGAGAAGACAAUUCUCUGCUAUUCAGUAUUAUGCAACAGGUCACAGCAGCGCAGAGCACUGGGCUGGGAGACAGGAUGCUGGAGUCCAGCCCCACCUCUACUGCUGAUUUCCCUGAGCAACCUUGGAAAAGCUGCUUGUCUGGGCUUACAGCAAGACUGAGACAUUUAAAGACCCUAAGUCCAAAGAAAAGAUGUUCUCUUACCAAGAAUAGUCAAACAAACCCCCCAUGAA